UGGGAGGAUCCUUCCACCGUAUAAAAGGUUGAAAUCACCCGAAACCAGUGGUCAGUCUUCUGUUCACAUUCGUCGUUGAACAUGAAGCUAUUUUUAGCGAUUUGCCUUCUGGCCGCGGCCUUCGCCGCUCCCUCCGAACGGACAAAGACAGACGUCCUUUUUGGUGAUAAUCAUCCCGAUGUGCCAUCAGUAUAUUCAGGAGCCCAAAGCGUCGAUACUGGAACUUCCUCGGGCUCAUUCACUGACAACAAAAGUUUCGAAUCCCCGAAGAGCAAUGUUGCCGCUGUCAAGUCCACGGUUGAUGCCAAUGAAGCUGAACGCACCGGUGUUGAGGUGCCUCAACAGGCCGCACCCAUCGAAGAGAGUAACACCGCUUUGCCUAAGGACGAGUCAGUUAUUCCUGUCAAAAAUGAGGGUGUUUCAUCAACCAGCACCUUAGAACAAGGGCAAUCUGUCGAGUUUGAGCAGGGGAUCGUCAAGCCUACUGAGGAAAGUAAAGUGGAAUUGAAAUCCGCAGAAGUCAAUGCUGAACCCGCUCAAAUAACAGCUGUCAAGACUGACUCGGAGAUAGUCGAACCGACAAACAAAGCUCAAGUGAAAGCUAAGACUGCCAAAAGCUUGGACAUCUCAGCCCAGAAAGAAUCCGCUAGCACUGCUGAAAACGCAGUGAAGUCUGGUGAUGGAAUCAAAGUAGAAUUUGGAUCCGCCAGUUUGAACGCUCCUGCAGGUCGCUCUACGUUCGGUGCCACCCCAACCCCCGUCCAGUCUAACUUUGGCACUCCUUAUGGACCUGGCUUUGGCUCUGGCUACCGCUCUCCUCUUGCCGAUCAGUCCUACUAUUCGUCUGGUUUCAAUGCAGUUCCUGGUUACACUCCAGGCUUCAAUAGUUUCGGCCAAAACAGAUAUGACCCCGCAUUCAAUCGCGGCUUUGGCUCCUUCGGUUUUGGUGCCAAGGAACCAGCCAAGUCUUCUGAUACGGCUACCGUAGAAGUCAAGUCCGUCAGCAGCGAAGCUUCCGCAGAUGCUAGCACGUCAGCCGUAAAGUCUGCUGUCGCAGAUGAUUCAACCGCGAAGGCACCUGCCAGUAAUUUUGAAGCAGCCACUGCUGGUGUCACAUCUCCCUUCCAAACCAAAUUCAGCUCACCCGCUGUGCCUGUUUUCGGAUCUGGAUACCGUUCUCCCUUCGCAGGCCAAUCCUAUCAUCCGUCUGCCUCUGGCGCAGUCUCUGGUUAUACUCCGGGCUUCAAUACCUUUGGCCAAAACAGAUAUGACCCGGCAUUCAAUCGCGGCUUUGGCUCCUUCGGUUUUGGCGCCAAGGAAUCAACCAAGUCUUCUGACACGACUAAGGUAGAGAUCAAGUCCGUCAGCAGCGAAGCUUCCGCAGAUGCCAGCACGUCAGCCGUAAAGUCUGCUGUCGCAGAUGAUUCAACCGCGAAGGCACCUGCCAGUAAUUUUGAAGCAGCCACUGCUGGUGUUACAUCUCCCUUCCAAACCAAAUUCAGCUCACCCGCUGUGCCUGUUUUCGGAUCUGGCUACCGUUCUCCCUUCGCAGGCCAAUUCUAUCAUCCGUCUGCCUCUGGCGCAGUCUCUGGUUAUACUCCUGGCUUCAAUACCUUUGGCCAAAACAGAUAUGACCCGGCAUUCAAUCGCGGCUUUGGCUCCUUCGGUUUUGGCGCCAAGGAAUCAACCAAGUCUUCUGACACGACUAAGGUAGAGAUCAAGUCUGUCAGCAGCGAAUCUUCCGCAGAUGCCAGCACGUCAGCCGUAAAGUCUGCUGUCGCAGAUGAUUCAACCGCGAAGGCACCUGCCAGUAAUUUUGAAGCAGCCACUGCUGGUGUCACAUCUCCCUUCCAAACCAAAUUCAGCUCACCCGCUGUGCCUGUUUUCGGAUCUGGCUACCGUUCUCCCUUCGCAGGCCAAUCCUAUUAUCCGUCUGCCUCUGGCGCAGUCUCUGGUUAUACUCCGGGCUUCAAUACCUUUGGCCAAAACAGAUAUGACCCGGCAUUCAAUCGCGGCUUUGGCUCCUUCGGUUUUGGCGCCAAGGAAUCAACCAAGUCUUCUGAUACGGCUAAGGUAGAGGUCAAGUCCGUCGGCAGCGAUAAUUUGAAAGAUACUGCCAAAACUGCCGUAGAAACUGCUUCUGUGAAGGACAAUGCACCGACUGAAGUACAAUCUGCUGAUGCUAACAAAUCUGCUGAGGCAUCUACUUCUGACAAGGACAACUCACUAGCUCAAGUACCUGCGACCGAUGCUGCAAAACCUACUGUAGAAUCUGCUCCUGUCUCCAACUCCCCGAUCGACGGAGUAGCAGACAGUGGUGCUGCCGUACAAUCUGUUCCUGUCACGAGUGUUUCAUCUGCUGGCGUACUAUCCAGUGGAUUCAGCAAAGCUGCCGUGCAAUCCGCAGUAAAAGACAGCGAUGCUGGUCUGACCACAAGCACUGUAGUAGCUCCCUUCCAAUCGACUGUCGACUCUUCUCUCAACUCACAGGUGGCUGCUGCAACACCAGUCAAGUCCGAUGAUGCGCCCACUACAGAAGCCAAACCAGCAAGCAGCGGAGCUGUUGCAGGCAGCGAGACAGCUUCCACACCAGCUGUAAGCUCACAGUCGGUUGUUAGCAAUGUAGCAACACCCACCGAAUCCAAAUUUGGUUCGCCUGGUGUAUCUACUUUUGGUUCCGACUAUCGUCCGACCUUCCCAAGCCAAUCCUUCAAUCGAUACCCCUAUGGCGCAGCUCCCGGAUACAAUUCUGGAUUUAACACGUUCGGAUACAACAAAUACAACCCAACUGCUUAUCCAGGCCACAGCUUCAGUUCAUCCGGUGCCCAAGAAACAGUCAAGUCCGCUGAUGCACCUGCUACAGAAAACAAACCAGCAAGCAUUGGAGAUGCUGCAGACAAAGAGAAGGAUUCAGUGCAAGCUGUGAGCUCACCGUCAGUUACUAGCAAUGUAGCAACAUCCAGCCAAUCCAAAUUUGGUUCUCCCGGUGCAUCUACUUUCGUUUCCGGUUAUCGACCGACCUUCCCAAGCCAAUCCUUCAAUCAAUACCCCUAUGGUGCAGCUCCCGGGUACAAUUCUGGAUUUAACACGUUCGGAUACAACAAGUACAACCCAACUGUGUAUCCAGGCUUCAGCUUCACUCCAUCCGGUGCCCAAGAAACAGUCAAGUCCACUGAUGCGCCUGCCACAGAAACCAAACCAGUAAGCAGUGGAUCUGUUGCAGACAACGAGAAGGCUUCAGUACCAGCUGUAAGCUCAUCGUCAGUUACUAGCAAUGUAGCAACAUCCAGCCAAUCCAAAUUUGGUUCUCCCGGUGCAUCUACUUUCGUUUCCGGUUAUCGACCGACCUUCCCAAGCCAAUCCUUCAAUCAAUACCCCUAUGGUGCAGCUCCCGGGUACAAUUCUGGAUUUAACACGUUCGGAUACAACAAAUACAACCCAACUGUGUAUCCAGGCUUCAGCUUUACUCCAUCCGGUGCCCAAGAAACAGUCAAGUCCACUGAUGCGCCUGCCACAGAAACCAAACCAGUAAGCAGUGGAUCUGCUGCGGACAACGAGAAGGCUUCAGUACCAGCUGUAAGCUCAUCGUCAGUUACUAGCAAUGUAGCAACAUCCAGCCAAUCCAAAUUUGGUUCUCCCGGUGCAUCUACUUUCGUUUCCGGUUAUCGACCGACCUUCCCAAGCCAAUCCUUCAAUCAAUACCCCUAUGGUGCAGCUCCCGGGUACAAUUCUGGAUUUAACACCUUCGGAUACAACAAAUACAACCCAACUGUGUAUCCAGGCUUCAGCUUCACUCCAUCCGGUGCCCAAGAAACAGUCAAGUCCACUGAUGCGCCUGCCACAGAAACCAAACCAGUAAGCAGUGGAUCUGCUGCAGACAACGAGAAGGCUUCAGUACCAGCUGUAAGCUCAUCGUCAGUUACUAGCAAUGUAGCAACAUCCAGCCAAUCCAAAUUUGGUUCUCCCGGUGCAUCUACUUUCGUUUCCGGUUAUCGACCGACCUUCCCAAGCCAAUCCUUCAAUCAAUACCCCUAUGGUGCAGCUCCCGGGUACAAUUCUGGAUUUAACACCUUCGGAUACAACAAAUACAACCCAACUGUGUAUCCAGGCUUCAGCUUCACUCCAUCCGGUGCCCAAGAAACAGUCAAGUCCACUGAUGCGCCUGCCACAGAAACCAAACCAGUAAGCAGUGGAUCUGCUGCAGACAACGAGAAGGCUUCAGUACCAGCUGUAAGCUCAUCGUCAGUUACUAGCAAUGUAGCAACAUCCAGCCAAUCCAAAUUUGGUUCUCCCGGUGCAUCUACUUUCGUUUCCGGUUAUCGACCGACCUUCCCAAACCAAUCCUUCAAUCAAUACCCCUAUGGUGCAGCUCCCGGGUACAAUUCUGGAUUUAACACCUUCGGAUACAACAAAUACAACCCAACUGUGUAUCCAGGCUUCAGCUUCACUCCAUCCGGUGCCCAAGAAACAGUCAAGUCCACUGAUGCGCCUGCCACAGAAACCAAACCAGUAAGCAGUGGAUCUGCUGCAGACAACGAGAAGGCUUCAGUACCAGCUGUAAGCUCAUCGUCAGUUACUAGCAAUGUAGCAACAUCCAGCCAAUCCAAAUUUGGUUCUCCCGGUGCAUCUACUUUCGUUUCCGGUUAUCGACCGACCUUCCCAAACCAAUCCUUCAAUCAAUACCCCUAUGGUGCAGCUCCCGGGUACAAUUCUGGAUUUAACACCUUCGGAUACAACAAAUACAACCCAACUGUGUAUCCAGGCUUCAGCUUCACUCCAUCCGGUGCCCAAGAAACAGUCAAGUCCACUGAUGCGCCUGCCACAGAAACCAAACCAGUAAGCAGUGGAUCUGCUGCAGACAACGAGAAGGCUUCAGUACCAGCUGUAAGCUCAUCGUCAGUUUUUAGCAAUGUAGCAACAUCCAGCCAAUCCAAAUUUGGUUCUCCCGGUGCAUCUACUUUCGUUUCCGGUUAUCGACCGACCUUCCCAAGCCAAUCCUUCAAUCAAUACCCCUAUGGUGCAGCUCCCGGGUACAAUUCUGGAUUUAACACGUUCGGAUACAACAAAUACAACCCAACUGUUUAUCCAGGCUACAGCAUUACUCCGUUUGGUACCAAGGAAUCAGCCAAGUUCGCUGACAAGGUUUCAUCCGAAGUUAAACCGACAGGCAACGAAUCUCCUGCAGAAAGUGAAAAAGCUACCGAUGGGUCCAAUAACGCCAAGGACAUCUACCACACUGCAGCAUUUGGUGCAGUUUCACCCUACACUCCGGGCUACAAUGCCUACAACAAUGCCAUUGGAACCAAUUACCGGCCCAGCGUUCAUUCCGCCUACCCAGGCUUCGGCAGUUACGACGGAAGCUAUCGACACAAUAACUUCUAUGGCAGACCUGAAAAUUACCAGGGUUACCAAGGCUACUUCGGUGCUGAUAAUCCUGCUUAUCCCUUCGCAAGGAUUACUGAUUCCCACUUACCUGCUGGCGUUAAGCAACAGUAUUACAUAGAUCACGCCAAGGCCGUACCUUACCAACAGCCCUUCCAGUACCGUACUGGUGCUCCGACUGCAAUUGCAGCAUCUUUUACGGAGACUAAACCAACCUCAUCCACGUUCCAAUUCAACCGAGAAGAGUCCAAUACGUCAUCGGCUGUCCAACAAGUUUCUCAAAGUCAAGAACAGAAUUUGAAGAGCUCGCAGAGCCUGUAAGACAGAGCUGCAGAAUACAGUUGCCUCGACGAUUUCAUUGUCAGAGACAAGUUAAAAGGCUUCUCAAUGACCUCGCCAAUGGUGUGAAUUUAUUCUACUAUUUACAAUGAUUUUCGUGACAUAACUGACUCGUAGAACUUAACGUCCGAUUUCAUGAUAUUUAAGUGUUUAAGCGUGUGACGUUCAUGGAAACUCGAAAUGCAGAGAUUACUCGAGAGUCUUUUGUAAUUUGUGAAAAGAUUUUUUGAGAUGAUUGAAAAACUAUAUACGUAUUCUAUUUUUAAUAGAAUGAACUUCAAUGAAAGCAGUUGGAUAAGAUACACUACAUGAAGCAAAGUAUAAUUUUAAGGAGCUAUGUUUUAUUUGCCAAUAAAUAUCCUUCAUUAUGAA